ACAAGCUAUUAUUACAAUUAGUAAUAAACAUGAUUUUUCUAUAAAUAAAUAUCAUCCAAAUGCUAGUACACCAACACAAACUUAUUCUGAAUCAUCACAAACAUAA